AAUGUCUACCGCAAAGAGAUGCCCACCUUUUCGAGCCGAGCACGUUGGAUCUCUUCUCCGGCCCCAGGAGCUAGUACAGAAACGCUAUGAUGUAGCUGCAGGCAAGGCUACCCAGGCAGAUCUUACUCCUUUGGAAGACAAGUCCAUUGCCGAGGUUGUGAAGCUGCAGAAGGAUGCAGGUUUCCAUGCCAUUUCCAGCGGCGAAUAUGUCAGGCACAUGUUCUGGGGUACCUUUUUCGAGGAGCUAAACGGAAUGAAGGAGCUUCAACUGGGUGUUAUGAAGGGAUACGAUGCGAGCAUUUUCAGGCCAUAUGCACCAGAUGUCAAAUCCUUCUUUGAGUCAAAGGAAGUCCCCAACCAAGUCACCGUAUGCGUCGGCAAAAUCUCACACCCCGGCCACUCGAGCAACCAGCGCGAAGUCGACAUAAUGAAGAAGCAAGUCCCGGAAAGCGAGUGGAAGAACAUUAAAAUCACAAUCAUCUCCCCAACAUGGUAUCACUUCCGCUACAAGGCCGGCAGGGCUUACCCAAAAGACGUCUACGCAAACGACGAAGAAUAUUUUGAGGACGUAGCAAAGGCAUACCAGGAAGAACUGAAAAUCCUCCACGCACAAGGCAUCAAAAACAUUCAGAUCGAUGACCCCAACUUGGCGUAUUUCUGUUCCCAGGCUAUGUUGGAGGGGUGGGCUGCUGACAGCGACAACGACAAGACGGCCGACGAGAUGUUCGAUGCCUACGUCAAAUUCUACAACAAGUGCUUUGAAAGGCCCUCGGACAUGCACCUCGGUAUUCAUCUCUGCCGUGGAAACUACGUGGGAAGCAGGCAUUUCUCCGAAGGUGCCUACGAUGCCAUUGCUAAGAAGCUCUUCCAAGACCUCAACGUCGACACAUACUACCUUGAAUACGACACCCCACGCGCCGGCGGCUUCGAACCCCUCGCACACCUCCCCAAGCACAAAAACGCCGUCCUCGGCGUCGUGACUUCCAAAUUCCCAAAACUAGAAGAGAAGGACGAGAUGAUCUCCCGCGUCCAGCAGGCCGCCGAGUUUGUCGCAAAGGGCACAGGACAGUCAAAGGAAGAUGCGCUACAACAGCUCUGUGUGAGUCCGCAGUGCGGAUUCGCCAGCCACGCUGAGGGUAAUGCGUUGGGUUAUGAGGACAUGAGGAAGAAAUUGCAGCUUGUUAGGGGCGUUGCUGAUGCGAUCUGGCCGGGACAGUCGUAG